AAAGAAAUAAUCUUGGGAAAUUCUCACUGUCACGAGGCUGAGAAAACUGCAUGUGGGGAAUUCUGAGUUUGUGAUUGGUUAUAAACACAUGAUAGAGUGAAGCAAGUUUAUGAAAGAAAGUAUUUCCAAAAAUGAAAGGGGCGUGUGUGGAAAAUGAUGGACAGUGAAAGCAUCACUCAAGUUUCAGUUGUUACGAGGUUCUUCAGGAGGCUUUCUCAAAUAUACCAGCAGCUCCUUGAUACUUGGACACCAUAUUCAGCUGUUCGAUGGAUUGUAACAGUUCUUUUGCUUGCAUUGUACAUGUUACGAGUUUUACUGUUACAAGGCUGGUAUAUAGUUACUUAUGCUUUAGGUAUUUAUCAUCUAAAUCUGUUAAUUGCUUUUCUCACACCAAAAGUUGAUCCUGGACUUCAAGAAGAUAUGGAUGAUGGCCCUGGUUUACCAACAAAAGCCAGUGAAGAAUUUCGCCCUUUUAUUAGAAGAUUGCCAGAAUUCAAGUUUUGGUAUUCUGCAACUAAAGCCAUAAUGAUUGCCAUGGCUUGUACAUUUUUCGAUGCUUUCAACAUCCCAGUUUUCUGGCCAAUUUUACUUUUGUAUUUCUUUACUCUAUUUUGUAUCACCAUGAAAAGGCAAAUAAAGCACAUGCUAAAGUAUGGCUAUUUGCCUUGGACACGAGGAAAAACCAUUUAUCAUGGCAAAGAAGAUUCUGGGAAAGUUAUCCAAGUAAAGUGAGCCCUGUGCCUUCUAGUUUUACAUUUCAGACACAGUUUUGAAUUGUGGUAAUUUGAUUGAACAAAUAGUUUGUUUAGGCUGUACAGAGAGGGAGGAAUUUCUUUUCAAACAUUUAAACUUGUGUAGUCGUGUAUCUUCUCUUGGUUUUCUGAAAUUUCAUGGAAACAGAAUACGAAAAAGGGGCAAUUGAUAAAGUAUUUAUCUGUUUUUAGGCGGCAAGUCAUUUUGUUAUUGUUUGCCUAUUAUGGUUAAUCAGACAUUUUUGUUUUCAUCCCUGACCAGUAGAAGGCAUGGUUAAUGAAUGGAAAAUCAUCUCCAGCCACCUGUACACUGCAACAUGUUUUUCAAUUCCAACUCUCCUGUCUUGUGUUAUGUAAUCAAAUCUUGUAUAAAUGUAAAAAAUUAAACACUGAGUUUUGUUGAAA